AAUAGUCAUAAAUAUCCGCUUGGCUUACUCAACUUUGUGGGGUCUAUCAUCUGUUAAUCGUUUACUACUUAAUAAGUGAGAACCACUGCACUACAUCAGUUACAAAUUUCUUGGCGCGAUUUUAUUUAAAUAUGUACAUAUGUAUAAAAUUUUAACUAAUAUACUGUAAUAUGGAAUUAAAUAAGUCGUCUUCCAAUGAUAAUAAUGACGAUGUUAAAAGUUCGUCCGAAGAUGCAUCAAGUGCAGAAAGAAUAAAAUUAGAGAAGGAAAUAGAAGAUUUAAAGCAUACUGUUAAACAAUUACGACAAAAAUUAAAAAUUGCGAAACUUAAUAAUCUGAAAAAAAGCUUAAGUUCAAAUAGCGGAAAUAAUAUUGUUGGUACAAGUAAUCAGGUUGUGUCAAUGAAUAUAAAUUAUGAGUUGUACAGAUAUGGUGGAUUAUAUUGUGUACAUAGUGUUAAACAUGAACAUGUAAUUGGAUUUAAUUCAUCGUGGAAACAACAAAAGCAAAAUCUAUUUGCGAUACAACUUCUCAAACAAGGCAAGAAGAUACAGAUAGGUAAAUGGGUGAUGCCUAUGUCAGUUGACAUAAAUCAAUUAUUUUCUGAAGUAUCACUUAAUACAAUAUACAAUGUGAUACCUUUUGUACAAAAUUGUAAACAUCAUUGCAAUUGUUAUAUGUUUAGAUUGCAGCAAUAUCAAGAAUUAAAGUCUUCUGUUGAUAAUUUGAAUAACUGUAAUGUGCAACCAAAUGUGGGAUAUACUUUGCUUAUAAUAGAAUUAUUAAAUGUAUAUGAUAAAGUAGAUGAAAGUUAUGUCAAUAUCACAAUUUAUUUACGUUAUGAUUCUAUACAUGUUAGACCAACUGAAAUCAAACUUGAAAUAAUUGGAAGUAUAGAAUACGAUGAAGAGAUUGAAAAACAAUUGAGAAAGUCUCUAAAAAUAUUUUAUUCUGUUGAUUUGCGAACGGCAUUUGACAGUAUUUUAAAAGAUAAUAAUGCACAAUUUACAUGGACAAGAAUGAAAAAGGAAGAUGCUACAUUAGAAAUCAGUGAAUCCAGCAGCUUGGAAGAUUAUCUGUUAAGUUCAGAAACAUCUGAAGAAGAAAUAUCUAAAAAAAGACGGAAAAGAAAAGUAUCACAAAGGAAAAAUGAAAACAAGAACAAAAAGAAUAAUAUUAAUAAUAAAUUAGAUCAGCAGAAUACAAAUAUAAAAAUUCAAAAGCAAUCAUCACAAAAGAAAAUAAAUACAAAGGCAAGUACAAGUGAACCUAUGGAAACUGCACAUUCUCAUAAAUUGUCAGAAGUGCAAAAAAAAUCUAUUAAGAAAAGAUCACAGUAUGAAUCAUCUUUAGAUAACUUUACCAUUAAAUUACGUUCAAAAGAAAAACUAGAAAGUACAUGCAAAAUGGCACAAAAUAAUAUAAAAAUUAAACCAGUAUCAAUUAGAUUACAAAAGAUAAAGAAUAAUCAUACUAGUACUCCUAUACCAAGUAGACAAAAUCAAAGUCCAUUCAAAGAAUUACCAGAAUUGGAUAUAAGUGAUAUAAUUGACAAAGAAAAUAUUCCAAAGGGAAAAUCAAAAAAGUUUAUUGACAAGAAAAAUUCAGUCACAUUCCAUUUAGUACAUCGUUCACAAAAAGAUCCAUUGAUAGCUGAUGAAACAGCACCACAAAGAGUACUUGUGCCAGCUGGUGAAACACAAGCUACUAAAUUGGAAAAGAAACCAUUGGAUAAGAAAAAACGUGUAGAAGAACAGCAAAAAUAUGGAAUAUAUUUUGAUGAUGAUUAUGAUUAUUUACAACAUUUAAAAGAUGUUAAUACUUUGGAUGUUGAAUGGGUACAUGUUGAUCCUGUAAAUGUUAACAAAGAGGAAAAGAAGGAAGAUCAUAAACUUAAUUUACCAUCAUCUGUAUUUGCUUCAAAUGUUGAAGAAAAAGUUGGUUUACUAAACAAAGCUGCACCAGUUUCUGGACUUAGAUUAGAUAUAGAUCCAGAUAUAGUAGCAGCUUUGGAUGAUGAUUUUGAUUUUGAUGAUCCAGAAAAUGAAUUAGAAGACAAUUUUAUAGAAUUAGCAAAUGCUGGAUGUUGUGAUGAAGAAGACUUUGAAGAUGAGGAAUAUGAAGAUGGAUUUAGCGAGGAAGAAGACGUCGAUGCUUCAAUUAAUGGUCACAUGGAACUUUCUGAUGAAGAAAGAGAUGAAGUAUGUAGCUUAAAUAGUCCUCAAUAUACUUUCAAGGAUGAAGAGACAAAGUCAAGAUUCACAGAAUACUCAAUGAGUAGUAGUGUAAUGAGAAGGAAUGAGCAAUUGGCACUGUUGGAUGAAAAAUUUGAAAAAAUGUAUAGUGUAUAUGAUGAUAAUGAGAUUGGUGCUCUGGAUUGGGAUGAGAUAGAAGGACAUGUUGCACCUGAUUCAAGUAUUGUUUUACAAUGUGCUAAAGAAUUUGAAAAAUUACAAAAAGAAGAUACGGAAAAUGUAGCAGAACUUAUGCGAGAAAGAAUGAAAAUUAUAGAACAAGAAUACUCCAGUUCUGAUGAAGAUGAUUUAGUAAAGUUAGUUGUUGAUGCUAGAGAGAAAGAGAAGUGGGAUUGUGAAAGUAUUCUGAGCACAUACAGUAAUAUUUAUAAUCAUCCUAAACUUAUUGCAGAACAAAAAAAGGCUCCAAGUAAAAUAAGAAUUCAUCCUAAAACUGGUAUACCAAAAGAUGUAUUAGAUGGAUCAGCAGGAAAAUUAACCUCAAAAGCAUUAGCACAAUUUAAUUUACAAAAUAAAGAUAAAGAAUUGACAGAUACACGAUCUGUAGCAGAGACUAUGAGAUCUACUUUAAGUAUUUUAAGUAUAAGACCCAAAGAUGAAUCUCCUGAUGAAAGAAAAGAAAGAAAAAAAGCAUUAAAAGAAUAUAGAAAGGAAAGGAGAAUAGAACGUAAAGCCAACAAAGAAGCAUUCAAGGAAGAAAAGAAACGACAAGAGAAGAUUUUGAUAAACACUAGACAAAAUAUUCAGGGUAAUCGUAUAUUGUAAAUAACCUAAAUACUGUAAAAUAAAUUAUAUUUGUCGUUUUUAUAUGUUAUAAAUAAAAAAGAAUUGUAAUUUAA